CAUGGCAAAUCGGACUCUUAACGCCACCAAAAAUCUUCCCUUCAUCAUAAGUUCAAGAAAACUCAGCGGAAGUCCGUGGACACAGGAACGCAUUAUAAAGUCGCCUUUGGAACCAAUAGAAGUGCCAAACUGUACUGUACACGAUUACUUGUGGCAGAAUUUGGAGAAAUGGUCGGAAAAGACAAUGGCGGUGUGCGGCUCUACAGGGCGAGGCUACACGUACUCGCAGGGCUUCAAACUAUCUUCCACCUUCGCGGCGAACCUGCGCGGCAAGCUGCGCGUGCGCGACGGCGACGUCGUGGCCGUCAUGCUGCCCAACGUACCCGACUAUCCCCUCGUGGCCUUGGGAAUACUGGGCGCUGGCGCCGUCAUUACCAGUAUCAACCCUAUUUACACUGCUCAUGAAGUCCAGCGACAACUGCUGCUUUCCGGCGCCAAAAUCGUAGUCACAUUAGCGGAAACAGUAGAUGUAGUGAACAAUGCUUUAAACAUGGCCAAAUUAGACUUACCUAUCAUUGUAGUAAAGACUGACAAUACUGCAACGCCAGAUGGCGCUAUAAUUUUCAAUGAGCUAAGUGAAGAUGUCCAUGCUGAUUUAUCAUGCUUGAAAGAAGUAAAAAGGACAUCCAAAGAUGUGUGUUUCUUGCCUUAUUCUAGUGGUACUACAGGAGUACCGAAAGGAGUAGAGCUGACGAAUGCCAAUUUAGUUGCCAAUAUGGAGCAACUUAAUGACCCUCUAACAAGGGCGUAUAAUGAUACAACAGCGACGCACCAGGACGUCGUGAUGGCGGUGCUGCCGUUCUUCCACAUCUACGGGGCGGAGGUGAUCAUGUUCCAUAAGCUCUCCCAGGGCACCAAGUUGGUGACCUUGCCUAAGUUCGAGCCUCAAGUGUUUCUAAAAGCUCUGGAAAACUACAAGGCGAAUAUCUUGUUUGCAGCUCCUCCUCUAAUAUUGAUGAUGACUUCGCAUCCAGCCGGGUCUCCAAAAACAUUCCAAAGCCUGGAGAUAAUCAUCAACGGAGCGGCGCCACUAGCAGCCUCUGAUGCAGAAAGGUUUAUUGAGAAAGCCAAGAGAAAAAUGGAUUUCAGACAAGGCUAUGGACUCACAGAGACCUCACCCGUGGUCACGAUGACCCCUAAAGGUCUGGAGAACUUUUCCUGCGUAGGGCUUCCUCUUCCUAACACGGACCUUAAGAUCGUUGAUCAGAAUCUCCAGUCUUUGGGACCCAAUGAGAAAGGGGAGCUACUAGUUCAAGGUCCUCAAGUGAUGAAGGGCUAUAAAGACAACGACAAAGCAAACAGGGAGUCGUUCACUGAAGACGGAUGGUUCAGAACGGGGGACCUGGCGGUUGCUGACGAGCAGGGGAUAGUCACCAUUGCUGACAGAUUGAAGGAACUCAUCAAGGUCAAAGGUUUCCAAGUACCCCCAGCGGAGCUAGAGGCUGUCCUACGGGACCACCCGUCAGUCGCCGACGCCGCCGUCAUCGGGGUUCCGCACAAAACAAACGGGGAAGAACCAAAAGCCUUUAUCGUCCUGAAGAAAGGACACGAAGUCCUUCCUACAGACAUCUGCGGCUUUGUGAAGGAGCGAGUAGCGUCGUAUAAGAGGAUUAAUGAUGUUAUGUUUGUGGAUGGUUUGCCGAAAAGUGCUACAGGGAAAAUAUUGAGGAGAGAAUUGAAGGAGAAAUAUACGUGAUUAUGAAAAU